AUGGACGCAAUCAUCGAGUCCGGUCGCAAGAUCUGGGAGGGCGAAAUCGACUUUGAGGGUCAACGUCUGGUCGAGAUGUUCAGUACCACAAUCUUGACCACUGCUGGAAUCAUCGGUUUCAUGGUCGGCUUCGCAACUCAAAACAUUCAAUAUACGCUCUGGAUUCUAUUGGCUGGAGCCGCUCUCGCAUUCGUCGUAUGUGUGCCGCCGUGGCCCUUCUACAACAGCGAUCCUGUCAAGUGGCUGCCUGCAAAGAAGUCUGGUGCUGUUUCCGACAUAAAUAUCACAGUCGACGGGAAGAAAAUACAAUAG